AUGGCCAGCGAUGUUAUAAAUCCGCUGUCCAAAACAUGGGUACGGCUACAAAUUGAACCAGUUGAGGUGUCAACCGAUGAGACCGGUAUUGUGUUCUCAUCGGUGCAGUCCGUCGUUCCAGGAGCGCAUGGAUUAUACUAUCGCGAAAAUGGACAACGCCGACCACUCGAUUAUGACACGAGCACGGGUAGAAUACUGGCUCCACCCAGCGGUUGGAAUGCUCAGAAUAUCUACAUUCAUCUUGCUCACGGUAGUAAACACGGGUCUCACUAUGCGGACUACACAAAAGCCUCACAACAAUUCGAGAAGAACGUCUCUGCAGUUCAAAAGCUGAUUGCGGCCGCCGGCCUUACGUACGGCUUCGCAAAGACGCCCAAAGCCGAGAAAACGACUCGCACCAGCUCACGAACACGAGGUGUUAAAAGCGGCUUUGAAGCCCAACCUGAAAAUGUGCAUAUCAGCGAUGAGAGCGAUAACAACACCGUGAAUCAACUCGUCGAACAAAAGAACAGAGAAAUUGAGAAGUUACUGGACGCGAACGAGGAACUGAAGCUAAUGAACAAACAGCUAAGAGCGGAGUUGCGAAGUGAAAUGCUACGCAAUCUUGAACUCGAGCAAUCUUUGGAAAAGACAGAAGAACGUCAAACUGAAGUACCAGUACAGACAUCUACUGCAUCAGAAGUGGAACAGACCGCGGAACAUCAAGAGCAAGGCGACAAUCUAGAAAAAACGAAAUUGCUGCUAACCGAGAAAGACGAAGAACUGCGAAAGAAGGACGAGGAGAUUGCGCAACUCCGUGCUCGACUUGGGGAUGUGGAAAAAACUGUUAUUGUACCAGAGGAGGCCGCCGUUCCACAUGCACAAACCGACGAGAAGUGGGAUAUUUUUAUUCAGGUGAUCGCUGAAUUGGAAAAGAAGAUCACACAAAUGGAGGAAGAGAAGACGCAGCUCAUUGAGGGAAUCCAAGCCGAGCAGCUGGCCGUCAUCACAGAAAAAGACCAGCAUAUUGCGCAGGUCGUUGAGGAGCUCGAAACAGCUCGCAAUGAGCUCCGUGAUGCGAAAAACCGAAUCCAAGAACUCGGAGAGAAGGAAGAGGAGAUCAACAAUCUGCACAAUGUAAUUGCUGAUCUUCGAGCUAAUCUUGCCACCGCGAAAAAGGAGAAAGAGGAAAGCGAAUGGCAUCUUGGAGAGCACAAAGAAUGGCUGAGCAACUCGAAAGAGAAGUCAGAUUUCUCAGCAGUACAACAAAUCCUGUACAAACACGAUCAAGGCUCACCUAAAGCACGAUCAGGACUCGAGAACGCUGAUGAAUCAGCCAAAGCGCAGAUACGAGCGCUGGAAACCAAAUUGCAACUAGCCAAUCAAUCGUUUAGAAAUAGUGAAGCUGAACGACAGAAAUGUGAACAAAUCAACAGAGAGGCUAUGAAGCGUGUCAUGCAACUUGAAAGCGAAAAUGGUCGUCUGACAGGAAUCACUGAGGAGUUAUCAGCAAAACUUCGUGAUUCGGCUAGUGCGCAAGUACUUGAGGAGAAAGAAGCUCGUAUUCGUGACCUUGCUGAUGAACGUAGCCGACUUCAAUGGAGAAUCGGCGAACUCAGCCAAUGGUGGAGUGACGCGAAGUGGAAGAUCGGCGAACUAGAAGCCGGCGUGGCUCACCAGCGUCAAAUGCUUGAUACAGCCAAUGGAAAAAUUCAGAAUUUGAACGACCAACUCACUACAGCAUUAAGAUCACCGCAGACUUCCAGCACCACCACAUAUGUUGUGCCGCCGUCGUUCAGUGUCAGUCAAGCUGUUCCUGGACAAUGGCAUUUAGCCAACACUUGUUUCGCACCACCACCAGUUACUGCACCAACGCCCAUCUACAGCGCUCCUAUCUACGGCCCAUCAUUCUACAGCGCUCCUGUCUCUUAUGAGACUAAGAGAGUGAAGAUUGAAAUCGAUAUUGACACUCAACAAGACGUAUUUGUCAUGGGCUCGUUCCUUAAUUGGCAAUGUGCGUUAAAAUGUGAUCCGAUAGGUGUGGGAAGACGAGGUCUAACACUGGAUUUACCACGAGGAAGGCACGAGUUCCGAUUUCUGGCUGAUGGAAAAUGGUUGACGUCGUCAUUGUACACGAAAGUGCCCAACGGGUUCGGUGGCGACAACAACCUGCUGUGGAUAGAAUAA